CUACAGGCGUUUACACUACGUCCUACGCCGUGUAACAGUCGGAGAGCCUGGUCGGUUUACAAUUCGUGAUGCUGAGAUCUGGUUGUUUUGGCCGUGAUCUGGUCCAAUAAAAAAGGCAGAAUACAGAGAAGGAGAGGAGCAUGAGUGACUACCUAGAUGCAAAAUAUUGAAAGCAAAAGAUGGAUAUGCAUUUAUCCCGCUUACUUCAAUUCGAAGAGAACCGUGUUUGAAGGAAGGCGGCUGCCUAAAAGCAAGUGUAUCGAUAAUCCAACGGCUUCGGAGAUCAAUGAUGUAUUGACAGCUGCUGGUUGCACUAUAGAAAUAGAAAAUAAGGUUCAUCCACGGGAACCAAACAAAUUUGAUCCGAACUACCGGGGUCGAAUUCGUGUACAGCUAAGGAGUGAAGAUGGCGCUCCGCUCAGUGACCAGUUUGCCACACGAAAAGCUACACUCAACUAUCUAUGUGAAAUGAUCCCGAAGUUAAAGUCGAGACAACAAAAGCAGGGUGCAGGGGAUUCUGGUGCCCAGCCGGGGGCAUCAGCUGGAGGCAAAGACAAGCGAAAGGGAAAGAAAAAACGAUAACGUUGUAUGGAGUAAAUGUUUUAUUUGUAGCAUCUAUGGGAUUUUACCUUAUCUGUGUUCAUCACUAAUCAAUAAAUGUCAUUCUUUCAUCUACAUAA